UGGGCGUGGCCAGGCAGUCAGCGGCCAGAAGAGCCCCGAAGCUAGCCAGCGCUGGAAACUAAGUUAGCUUCUCGGCUAGUUAGCAACUUCUGACAUGGCAUCGUUAGCGGCGGCAGAAGCCGCGGUGGAGUCCAUCGUGCCCGCCUGCAUGUUCGCUCCGGACCGGGGCUGCGCGGACGACGCGGCCGGCGCGGAGGGCUCCGAGGACGGGGAGGACACGAGCGGAGAGUCCGCGGAUCACCUCGACCUGAGCAGCAAGCUGGUCCUGGUGAGUCCGACGGGGCAACAGUACGACUCUCUGCUCCGGAACCUGAGGCGGCAGGUGGACGAGGGCUGCGGAGAGACCUUCUACGUGGUGGGCAUGGGCUCAGACGGGGGUGACUACGGUCUGGAUGUGAAGGACAUGGAGGCGUCGGUGGCCACCGUGCGGUCGCUGUGCGAACAGAUGGAGGCCGACCUGAUCUUCCUGCGCGAGCGGACGGAGGCCGGCGGGCGUAUCCGUGACUACCUGAUCCGGCGGCAUGUUGGCGAGGAGGAUUUCCUGGAAGUCAGGGUGGCCGUGGUAGGCAACGUGGACGCGGGGAAGAGCACGCUGCUCGGGGUCUUGACCCACGGUGAGCUGGACAAUGGCCGAGGCUUUGCUCGCCAGAAGCUCUUUAGACACAAACAUGAAAUGGAGAGUGGCAGGACCAGCAGUGUGGGCAAUGAUAUCCUGGGUUUUGACCAGGAGGGACAGGUGGUCAACAAGCCCGACAGCCACGGCGGCGGUCUGGACUGGACCAAGAUCUGUGAGAAGUCCUCCAAGGUCAUCACCUUCAUCGACCUGGCCGGACACGAGAAGUACCUGAAGACCACCGUGUUCGGCAUGACGGGCCACCUGCCCGACUUCUGCAUGCUCAUGGUGGGCAGUAACGCCGGCAUCGUGGGCAUGACCAAGGAGCACCUGGGUCUGGCCCUGGCCCUGAACGUGCCGGUGUUCGUGGUGGUCACUAAGAUCGACAUGUGUCCGGCCAACAUCCUGCAAGAGACGCUGACGCUCCUCCAGAGGCUCCUGAAGUCUCCGGGCUGCAGGAAGAUCCCCGUGCUCGUCCAGAACAACGACGACGUCAUCGUCACCGCCUCCAACUUCAGCUCCGAGAGGAUGUGUCCCAUCUUCCAGGUCUCCAACGUGACGGGGGAGAACAUCGAGCUGCUGAAGAUGUUCCUGAACCUCUUGUCACCCAGAACCUUCAGUCAGGACGAGCCGGCAGAGUUCCAGAUAGACGACACGUACUCAGUGCCGGGCGUGGGCACGGUGGUGUCGGGCACCACCCUGCGGGGCCUGAUCCGUCUGAACGACAUCCUGCUGCUGGGCCCCGACCCGCUGGGCACCUUCCUCCCCAUCGCCGUGAAGUCCAUCCACCGCAAGAGGAUGGCGGUGAAGGAGGUGCGGGGGGGGCAGACGGCCUCCUUCGCCCUCAAGAAGGUGAAGCGCUCCUCCAUCAGGAAGGGGAUGGUGAUGGUGUCGCCCAAGCUGCUGCCUCAGGCCACCUGGGAGUUUGAGGCCGAGAUCCUGGUGCUGCACCACCCGACCACCAUCUCCCCCCGCUACCAGGCCAUGGUGCACUGCGGCAGCAUCCGGCAGACGGCCACCAUCCUGACGAUGAACAAGGACUGCCUGCGGACGGGCGACAAGGCGGCGGUGCACUUCCGCUUCAUCAAGACGCCGGAGUACCUCCACUGCGACCACAAGCUGGUGUUCCGGGAGGGCCGCACCAAGGCCGUGGGCACCAUCACCAAGCUCCUGCAGUCGGUGAACACGCAGGCGGCCAAGGCGCAGCAGGCCAAGCUGCUGGCCGGCAAGAAGAGCUUCAGGGACGCGGCGGCCAGCGAGGAGGCCGGGGCGGCGGGGAGGCCGGCCAGCCCCACCUCAGCGGAGGGGGAGGAGUCUGUGUGUAAAGACGGCAACAAGGAGAACAAGCUGAAGUCGGGCGGCCGGCGGCGAGGCGGUCAGCGGCAUCGAGGGAAAGCUCUGAACGCGGCGACCAUCUCCACGGCGCUGCCUGCAGGAGCGGCGGGCACCGCCUGAACGCAUCAUCUCUUUCACAUGGGGGGGGGGGGGGGGGCGUGUGCAAAGACUCAAACGUCUUUCAUAUAAAACAUUAUAAUCCAGCAGGAAGCGACUCUUUGGUUUUCCCCUUUUUGAGUUAAUUUCUAACUUUUAUUUGCAGGAGAAACGUGUCGAUGACGUCACAACCUGUUCUAUUUUAAUACGGCGUUUUUUGGUGUGUGUGGAGGAGGGGCGGGGGGGGGGGGACUUCUUAUAGCAUUAAACAUGGACCCCGCCUGAACUUUCAAAAUAAUAUCACUUUUUUCUCCUCUUUUUCUUUUUGCUUGUUUCCUUCUUUCUUCACUUCCAUCGUUGGACCUUUUCUAUUUUUUUUAUCCGGUCGAGUUUUACGGACUCAAGAAAGACGUUUCCUCUCCACGGCGGUGGGAUCGAUCACGUGACGCCGAGCGACGACUCAAACAACUCAAACAACUCAAACAACUCAAACAACUCAAACAACUCAAACAACUCCCGCUCUCGUUUCGUUCGCCGCUCGUUGACAUUUUAAAGUUUUGAGUUAAAGUUGUCGAGACAUCUCGUCGGCCUCCCGACCUUUAACCCCCCGGCCAGAGAAGGUCAUCUUCCUCUUUGGAGCCGAUGCUCCUCCGUUAGCCGGAAACAUGUCAGACAGCCUCGUGGCACUCUUUACCUGUCAUACACGCCAAGAGAACAUAUUUAUUCCAUUAGAGUAAUAAAAACAAACAGCCGUCACUCGAGUGACACAUCGAGGCCUCUAGGGGGCAGCAGAGGUCAAACGUCUCUGGAUGCAAACCGAGUCAAUAACUUUAUGUUUUAUACGACCCAGUAGCUCUUACAGCUAGCGAGCUAGCGUCCCGGCUCUUAUCUCGAUGGUCUGAACCCAGGCGUUCUCUCAGCGGCUCAAACGAUCCUUUGACCUCUUUGAAACUGAAAUAAAGUUUCCGCGUCGCCACGUUACGACCUUUUGUUUACGGCCUUUUGUUGCGUCUCCCUCGGCCGUGAUCCGACUGUCCGAAGGAAGCUGAACAGCGAUGUCGGUGUUUCUUCCAGAGCCCGGAGGUCCCUCUCAUGCUGGUCGCUGCGUUCUGAAUUACCCACUUUUAUAAAAGAUCACAAACCAACUGCCAGAUUAUUAGAAGGGACUCGUUUUGUUUUGUAUGUUCAAAAAUACAAAUGUUGUGCAGAGGAACUGAGGAUGAGAAUAAUAUGCCAUUUAAAUAUAAGUGGUGCCAGUUUGUGUUGUAAAUCCUUUUAAAUAAAGAUGUUAUAGAAAGUGA